AUGCCCCCCCCCCGUCGCCUUUCCCAUCGCCCACCUUGUCGGCUUCCGCGCUCGCCCCGAAUUGCGCCCCCCCCCCCCCCCGCCGUCGCCUUUCUUCUCUCCCCUCCCAUCACACACCUCGUCGCCUACGCUCUUGCUCUGGAACGCCCUCCCCGCGCCCUUUCUCACUCCCCUCCCAUCACUUUUCCCGUUGCCUUCGCGCUCUCCCUCCCGUCGCCCUUGCAAUCUCCCCUCCCAUCCCGUCGCCCACUUCAUCUCCUAUCGCUCACGUCCUCCCCUCCCAUCGGCAUCGCGCUCACGUUCCUCCCUCCCCUCGCCAUCGCGCUCUCCCAUCCCGUCGCCCUCCCGUCGCCUUCGCCAUCUCCCAUCUGUUCUCAUGGUCCUCACAAUCUCACUUCCCAUCGCCUCACGAUGUAUCCCCCCUCCCUUCUCAUCGCCCGCACGAUCUCCCUCAGGGAAGAGGAGGCUUCCCUUCCCUUCGUCAUCGUCAGCUCUCAUCCCUUCCCGUCGCCUCACUUUCUCCCAUCCCCUUCCGUCGCUCUCACCUUCUCCCGUACCUUCCCGCCUUCCUGGUGUUCUCCCCUCCACUCCGUCACCCUUCCUCUCCCCCCUGCCCUUCCGUCGCCUUCCACUUCGUCGCCAGUUUCCCGCCCCAAGUCCAAGGCAGCACAUUGCUAG